AUGGGCUUCCCUGCGCAACUCGUCACUUUUGCAGGGCUUGUUCUUCUAGCGCAUGCUGGAUAUUCAGCUCAGGAGCAUGCAGCGCUCUCGUCAACACUAGUCAACCUCCAACUCUCUUCGAAAACAUUACCUCUUGAUAUAUCUAUCGAAACGAUAGUUGCCACCUUAAUAGUGUCCCUCGGUCUGAUCUGGGGCUCCCCCCAACUUCGACCAAUCCAGUGGCACGUCUGGGCUGGGAAGAUCGAGCGCGAAGGAAUCGCUGGAUCAGCGGGCCAAGGGAAAGAAGCCGAGAAGAAAUUCCAGGGCAAUCCAUUCAACGCUUUGGAAUUUCGAUCCGGAUUUGUCGAUAUUCGUAAGCAAAGGAGAGAAUUUGCCGACUGGGCCAAGAGCGGGAAAUGA